AUGCUGACAGAAGAAGAAUACACUCAUAAUUAUCCCUCUGAGCCUCUAGUGGAGGAGAUUCAUCAAUCUCCCACAGCUUGUGUUGCUGAUGAGCAUGAUCAUCAGAAAGCAAAUGAUUCAAUAUCUUCUCGAGGGGAUGACGACGAUGAUCUUUAUGAAGAUGUAGAGUUUUUGAAUGAAAUCGAAUUUACAGGAAUCAAUGAUGAUAUUCCAACAAACAUCGAGUUUGAUUUUGGUGAUGAAAAUUUUGAUCCCUUUCUGGAUACUCCCAGCAGCCAUGCAAAUAAAGUCAAUGAAGUUGCUUCUCUGGCAACCAAGACUAGAAGUGAAGGAAACUCUCUCAAAAUUCUGUUCAACUCCUCCAAGCCCUCGGAAAUCACUACAGGUCAAGGAGAUGUGACAUCAAAGAUUCCUCCCUCUGUGUCACCUAUCUCAACAUCAACUCCAGUCAUUUCUAUGAUAUCUGAACCUCAGACUUCCCAGACCUCCAUUAGAACAAGCCAAUCUCUUGAGAGUCUGGAGGUACCCUCUGUGAAAAGUGCUCCUCAAAUUAUCUCAACAAUCACUACAACCACUGCUCACUCUCCAUCAAAACAGACUGAUGAAGGUCCAAGCACCAUGUUCGAGACUAGUGGAUCUUCUUCUAUUCCAGAAUAUUCCCCAACACGACCUUCUCUUGAUGAAGCAUAUAUUAGAUUAGUAAAACAUUUAGCUCAAUCUAGUCCAACCUCGUCACGCGGAAAAGGAAUAUCAUUUAAUGAGGGACGGACAGAUGAUGACAGAUCCUCUUCAUCUCAUGUACGAGAAGAAGUUGGAAUCCUCUAUCAACAACUCAUUGAAAAAUCUAUUCAGAUGGAUUGGCUUUCUGCACAUAUUUUUGAGCUCAGGGAAAAAGAUGAAGAAAAGACCAAACAAAUCAAGGAUCUACAAACGAGUCUCGAUUCUGUUCUAGCAAACUAUUUCAAUCUCAAAAACGUAUUGUACGAUGCCUUUGGUGAGAAAGUCAAAGCCCUUUUCCAACAACCUCAUGGAGUAGUUGAUCCUCCUUUUGUUCAAUCACCUCUUGCAACUGAUGAUCUACCUGUUGACCCACCUGUUCCAAGAACAACUACCAUUGUAGACAGAUUUGAAAAGGAACCUGAAGGCAGCAGAGCGACAAUUACAAUCAAGCAGGGCAAAAGAAUCACAAAACAUAGCGAAGGCCUUCUAUUCAUGAAAAACUCUAAUGAAAAUCGCAAAACGAAAGACCCUGUCUUGAGAGUAACAGAUUUGAAGAAAAGGAAGUUUGGUGAUGAAUACGGUGACAGAACAGGCAUCCAAAUGUGGGCCUUUGAUCCAGUGACGAAUUUGUGGGUGGUAAAGCGGAAAUCAGGAGCUUCUGAAUGUUACAAAAGCACCCAUGAUUUCAACUCCUGGACCAAAACUGAUCUUGCUGAAUUAUCCAGGGCCCCAUUCCAUAACCCCUAUGAAGAUGAAAAUGCAUCAAAUUUCAAAAGAUUCUUUGACAGACAGGUCAAAGAGAACUUUCCUUCAAUGAAAACUGCCAAAGCUCUAUACAAAAAGGAUAAAGCUGUUCUUGAUCCAGAAAUAGGCGAACCCAUGAAGAUUAUACUUUGGCCUGCAACUAAGAAACAGAAGGAAAUUCCUAUUCCUCAACACUUUCAUGAGGGAUAUCUAGAUGACAUGGAAUUUUGGGCAUAUGAUGACGAAACAGCCACUGCAGCCAUCAAAUUCAUGAAUCGAGAACAUAUUCUGAGAUUGAUUAGUGCUAAAGAUCUUCUACGCUUCAGAGAAAAAGAUAUACAAACUUUGGCCUGUCAUCAAAUCAUUUGCAGAAAGGAUGUCAUGGAGGCUGCUGCUAAAGAAUUCACUGCAAUGGUAGCUACAAUUAUAAAUGGAAGAUUGUGGAUGGGUUCAAUGGGGAGAUCAUAUCUGAGGUUGUUUGAGAAGCCCGCUGAGGAGCCAAAGGAGUAA